AUGGCUGAUCGGAGUUUGGCAGUUGUGAAGCCGGUAUGGAUGAAACAAGCUGAGGAAGCUAAGAUCAAAAGCGAAGCUGAGAAAGACGCCGCGGCAAAAGCUGCUUUCGAAGCAACUUUUAAGGGUUUGGAGAAAGGCCGCGAGAAGAGGACCACUGCUAAUUCAGAUAGUGACUCGGAUGAGUAUGAGGACUUGGCUCAUAAGCCGAUUGGGCCUGUGGAUCCUUCGAAGUGCACUGCUGCUGGUACUGGAAUUGCUGGAGGAACGGCUUGUGCUGCUUCUUCGUUUGGUGUGGUGACCAAAGAUUCCGAUGAGAGGAAGGUUUCGACGGGUGGUGCUCAGAUCAAGGUGAAAGUGACACCGGGUUUGGGUGUUGGAGGGUCUGAUCAAGAAGGGAUUGUGAAGGAUAUGGGGGAUGGAACUUAUACUGUUACUUAUGUGGUGCCUAAGAGAGGGAAUUAUAUGGUCAAUGUUGAAUGUAAUGGAAAGCCAAUCAUGGGUAGUCCUUUCCCUGUGUUUUUUAGUGCAGGUAAUAGUAAUGGAGGACUGCUAGGUUUAGCUCCUCCAUCUUCAUUUCCAAAUCUGGUUAAUCAAACUAUGCCCAACAUGCCAAAUUACUCUGGCUCUGUCUCAGGGUCAUUUCCAGGAUUGUUGGGAAUGAUUCCAGGAAUUGUUGCCGGAGCUUCUGGGGGUGCUAUUCUGCCAGGAAUUGGGGCCUCACUCGGCGAAGUUUGUCGUGAUUACCUGAAUGGGCGCUGUGCAAAAGUUGAUUGUAAGUUGAAUCACCCACCUCACAAUUUGCUAAUGACUGCCUUAGCUGCGACUACUUCAAUGGGAACACUCAGCCAGGCUCCAAUGGCACCUUCCGCUGCUGCAAUGGCCGCCGCUCAGGCAAUAGUUGCUGCCCAAGCCCUUCAAGCUCAUGCAGCUCAGGUUCAAGCUCAAUCAGCAAAAGAUUCUGCUGGUUCACCUGAUAAAGCUAAUAAGGAGGAUGUGUUGAAGAAAACUCUUCAAGUUAGCAAUCUUAGCCCACUUCUUACUGUGGAGCAGCUUAAACAACUCUUUGGUUUCUGUGGCACUGUUCUUGAAUGUACAAUCACUGAUUCCAAGCAUUUUGCUUAUAUAGAAUACUCAAAACCCGAAGAGGCUGCUGCUGCUAUGGCAUUAAACAACAUUGAUGUUGGGGGGCGUCCUUUGAAUGUUGAAAUGGCAAAAUCCCUUCCGCCAAAACAAACUACAAACUCUUCACUUGCUUCAUCCUCUCUUCCUUUGAUGAUGCAGCAAGCUGUUGCCAUGCAACAAAUGCAGUUCCAGCAAGCACUGAUUAUGCAACAAACUAUGACUGCACAACAGGCUGCUAACCGAGCUGCAACCAUGAAAUCUGCCACAGAUUUAGCCGCAGCACGGGCUGCAGAAAUAAGUAAGAAAUUGAAUCCUGAUGGACUUGAAAAUGAAGAAAAAGAGACGAAACAGAAAUCCAGAUCACCUUCUCCCCCUCCUGUAAGAUCACGAUCAAAGUCAAGAUCACCUAUCAAUUACAGGAGAAGGAGGAAGUCUCGUUCCUACUCACCUCCGCGCAAUUCUAAGGUUAAUCGGUCCAGGUCACCAAUGAGGUUCCAUCAUCAUUCAAGGUAUGAAAGGGACUGGAGGUCCUAUAGAGGCAGCAGGGAACAUAGUGAUAGGUACAGACGACGAGAUUCAGAUAGAUUUCUUGAUAAUCAUUCAUCUGGUUCGAGAAGAAACAGAAGUAGGAGUGUGAGCCCUCAUUCAAAGAGAUCCCCUGUUUCUCCAAAACGUCAAGGAGGAAGUUCAUCUCAUAGAGGAAGAAAACAGUCUCGUGCCGAUUCUGGUUCUCCAAGUAAUCGUAGAGGAAGUAGGUCUUCUCCGAAGGUUGUUGAAAAGGCAAUAAGAAACAGAAGGCGCUCAAGGUCAAGAUCUUCAGAUGAUAAGCUGAACUUAGACAAAAAUGAAGAAGUCUUGCAUGAAAAGGCCAAACAAAGAGAGCGAAGGAGGUCCAGGUCAGUAUCUGUGGACGAGAAGCCUCACAGGAGCCGAUCUUCCCCAAGAAAAGUGGGCGAAAGCAGACCCAGGAACAAGAAGCGGUCCAGGUCAAAUUCUGUGGACGAUAAGCAUCCCUUGUCUGACAAAUUGGAUGAAAACAGUAAUAGAAGGUCAAUAUCUUCAGAUGAUAAGGUUAACUUUGACAAAAACGAAGAAAUCUUACCUGAAAAAUCCAAACAUAGAGAGCGAAGGCGCUCCAGGUCUGUAUCUGUGGGUGAGAGGCCUCAAAGGAGGCGAUCAUCCCCAAGAAAAGUAGAUGAAAGCAGAUCCAGGCACAGGAGGCGGUCCAGGUCUAAAUCUGUGGAUGAUAAGCGUCACUUGUCUGGGAAUUUUGAUGAAAACAGAAAUAGAAGGUCAAUAUCUUCAGAUGAUAAGGUUAACUCUGACAAAAAUGAAGAAAUCUUACCUGAAAAAUCCAAACAUAGAGAGCGAAGGCGCUCCAGGUCCAUAUCUGUGGGCGAUAGGCCUCAAAGGAGGCGAUCAUCCCCAAGAAAAGUGGAUGAAAGCAGAUCCAGGCACAGGAGGCGGUCCAGGUCUAAAUCUGUGGAUGAUAAGCGUCACUUGUCUGGAAAUUUUGAUGAGAACAGAAAUAGAAGAUCAAGACAUAGUGAUAAAAGGCACUCCAGAUCAAGAUCUAUGGAAAAUAGGGACCGGUCUGAUGUAAGAGAGGAUGCAAGCAAACAUGAAAAGUCAAAACAUCAUGAUACAAAAUGCAACAGGUCAGAGUCUGAUGAAGGGAAGCAUCAUUCUAUAGGUAAAUCCGGUGAAAAUAGAGAUAAGAAAUCAAAGCAUCGUGAUAGAAGGCGUUCCAGGUCAAUAUCAUCGGAAGGGAAGCAUGAUAAAGGAGGCACUUCAUCACAUAGAGACGAGAGCAAUAUUGAACAGAAAAGAUUCAGGUCAAAGUCUCCUAAUGCCAAGCAUCACUGCAGUGAUAACUAUGAAAAUAAAGAUGAACGAUCAGAGCAUCAAGAGAAAACAUUGUCUAAAUCGAGAUCAGAAAAUCAUCAGCAAUAUGAUGGGAGUGGGCCCUCCCCAAGAAAUUUCAAAAAGUAUGAAUCAAAAGGAAAAACAAAUUUUGAUUCUGCAUAUGCAGAAGUUAAGCAUCAUUUGAGUGAUGGAGAAAAUGGUACCGGUGAAAAAAAAUCCCAACAUGAAAAUGUCACACAGGAACCAAUUUUUUGCGUGAAUGGUAAUGGGGUAUUGAUUUCUGAGAAUGAGAACACAAAGUUAGAUGGAUGGACUGAAAAUGCAGAAGCUGAUGAUAACCCAGGGUGGACAUGUGUGGAAGAAGUUGGAAAUGGGAAAUUUUAA